AUGUCAGCAGACGACGGAAACCUAGAUAAAAGGUUGGAAGAAGAGAUUGGGAAUCUAUCCACGCGGCUAGUUACUGCAGUCAAUAGACAAGUUGAAUUAGAAGAAACCGUUCUACACCUACGUAAGACCAUUAGUGAAUUGCAAUCAAAAAAUGCAGUAUUAACUAAAAGUGAUGAAAACUAUCAAUUGAUUUUACCCAAGUAUCUCAAACUACAAGAGGAUUUCAAAGAUGCAAACAUCAAAAAGGAAGUUGCUGAGAAUGAAAAUGGUCGGUUGAAAUCUGAAGUUGAUGAUUUAACGGCCACGCUAUUUGAUGAAGCAAAUACAAUGGUUUCUAAUGCCUCUCGGGAAACCCAUAAUUUCAAAAUCAAGAAUAAGAAAUUGUAUGAAGAAAUUGAUGAGAAAAACAUCAUCAUUAGUAACUUGCAGGAUCAAUUACAAGACUUGAAACAAAUGUUUCUUAAAAUGGAAGAUAAGCAACGAGUUAUGCUUUCAUCUAGUCAUGCAAGUACUCCCAAUUUGGAGCAAAAGGGCUUCAAUCUUGAUACCAAGUCUGUUGAUGAAGACUAUCAAGUCCAGCAACUUUCCAAUAGCUUGUAUGCACCAUUGAUCACGUCAUUACGAUUUGACUUGAACAACUACAAUAGAGACUUUAAAGGCUUUGUGUACGCACUACUCAAGCCAGAUUUCACAUUAGAUUCAACCCAUUUGAAAAAUCACGUUUAUUUCAAGCCAAUUUGGACGGAUGAGAUCGAAAGCACUGUUAUGCAUAUACCCAAUCUUCCAUCGUCAACAUUACUUAAUCGAUGGCAAAAGAAUAAAGUGUUUUGGAGCUCGUUGAUUGAUGGAAGAGUUUCUAUUGAACCAAUAAAGGGGUACAGUGAAGGUAGUUCCAGAGUUGUCAGUGGUGGGACUCCAGUCGCGCCUGAAUUGUUAUCAAUCGCCACUGAAGAACCUUGUGCAUUUUGUGGAGAAUCAAGAGCCAAAUUGUUGGAACAUUGCCGACUUCAUCAUUACAAAAUUACUGAAGUUGAUGAAGUGAUGAUUGCUUGUUAUCCAUUGUGUCAUUACUGUGUAGUAAAGUUGCGGAACUUGUGUGAUUUUUUUGCCAAGCUAAGACUCAUCAAGUCCAAUGUUUUCAAGUUAAAGCAAACUCAAUUGUAUGACGAUUAUGUCCAUGGUGGAUCAGCAACAAGUGGUUCAAAUUUCUACAAAAGAACCAGUUCAAGUUCAUCUUCUGCUAUGCGAUCAAUUGCAUCUUCUUCAGUUGCUGCUGCUGCAAGCGAUACUGAUUUGGUAAAUGGUCACAUCUUUGAUUUAAAGUUGAAUGAAGAGGAGGAAUCAAAAUUAAUCAAAAUAUACCUUAUCCUUGCUCAAAUCAGGCUCAAGAUAUUUUAUAGUAAAUUGGGAUUAUGGGAGAAUGUAAACCAUUUGAAUGAUUUGAACAUUGAAGAAAUACAUUACGAGACAUUUUCUUGCUUGAUUUCAGAUAAGGAGGAGAGAAAGACAGCAAGCAAUGACUAUGGUACGACAACAACAACCACACUGCAUAUGUCAACUGACUCAACCACUGUAAGAAAGUCGAUUGACUCUUCAUCUUCUGCUGUGAGAAAGUCUAUUGAUUCAGUUGCUGCGAGAAAGUCGAUUGAUCUUAGAAGUACUUCAGAGCCAAUAACCAGCGAGAAGUCAGUUAAAGAUGAAAAGACAAAUGCAAAACCCGGAUCAAGUAGUAACAAUUCCAAAAAUAAUUUAGUUCCACCAUCGCUGCGUACCAAGCCAGAAAGCUCACGUUUGGCAACACCUGAAGAUGAAUCCGAUACUCGAGAGUUUGAAGACGCAUCGUCGAAUUUUAAAUCAGAAGUGAAGGAGUCAUCCACAUCUCAACCAGACUCCAAAUUGGAACCAAAUGCAUUCAAACUGAAACUGAGGCAAGGAUCUACUCUGAAGCCAAGCCUGGCUACAAGCACACCAGAAAAGGCAAGACCUCAAUCAGAGCUAACGGAAGCUCAAUUGUUUCUACAAAAAAUGAAGACUAAAUCCAAUAGUCCUGAUAUGAAAAAUAGUGAGUUGAAACGUUCAAAAUCAAAAAGCAAAGAGUUUAAAGCCAAGAUGGAUAAAGAAUUGGAUCAGACUCUUGAGAUGUUGGCUGAAAAUAUGGAAGCAGAUAGGAAUUAA